UGCGCAGGCGCAGAAGGAAGUCUCGCAAUUAAACCUGAAAGCGCCCUUCCCCCAUCCCUUUCCGGCUUGCAGCUAACGCAGGCGCACAGAGUGCUCCAAUAUGGCGGCCCCCGUGGACCUGGAGUUGAAGAAGGCCUUCACAGAGCUUCAAGCCAAAGUUAUUGAUACCCAGCAGAAGGUGAAGCUUGCAGACAUACAGAUUGAACAGCUAAACAGAACGAAAAAGCAUGCGCACCUCACAGACACAGAGAUUAUGACGCUGGUAGAUGAAACUAACAUGUAUGAAGGCGUAGGAAGAAUGUUUAUUCUACAAUCCAAGGAAGUAAUUCACAACCAGCUGUUAGAAAAACAGAAAGUAGCAGAAGAAAAAAUUAAAGAACUGGAGCAGAAAAAGUCCUACCUGGAGCGGAGUGUUAAGGAAGCCGAGGACAACAUUCGAGAGAUGCUGAUGGCACGGAGGGCACAGUAGGAGCUGCUGGCAGUGUCCUCCCCUCCUGACCCCUGCUAUCCUGUCAAGCAGGGGCUCUGCGGGGUUCUGGUCUCCCUCUGCCUCGCGGCCCUACGGUCUCUCCAACACCUUGAGCCCCCUUCAGGCCCCACCUGAAUGUUGGCACCUGCCCAGGACACUGCUCUCCAGGGGCCAAGCCAGGAGCUCUCAACAGAGGGAAGUCUGGAGGGCAGACGGAGACGGCUGCCUAAGCCUGUCAGUAGACAUUGGGUUAGAUCAAUAAAAAGCUGCGUCUUGCUCUGUGA